CAAUGCACUCGCAGCUUACUUUUGCAACGUAAUUCUCUCUCUCUUUUUGACAGCCAUCUGUCUCCUGAUUGAUUGGUUCCUCUCUUUCGUUCGCAAUUUCAUCAGCCGUGGCGGAGAAUUAAUCUACUAGCAGAGUCGGGGGAGAAGAAGCAGAAGACGAGGAGGGACAUUUUGGGAAAGAGUGGCGCUGAAGGUUUCCUCCCACUUGGAUUCCAACCACACCGCCACCGCUGCUGCCGCCGCCAGCAUCCGCCACUGCCGCGCGGACUAGUGUCGCUGCUCUCCUGCAGUUGCGAACGCUCAAUUUUGGCUUUGCAGUGAAUCUCAAGGAAGUAUGAUGGCGGUUGUUGCUGCUGUUGCGGUUGCAGUCGUUGGUGCUACCAAAUCCUCCUCCUGACCGGCCCUCCCCAUUUCAUUCCGUCCCGCUCUUUCUGUUCUCCAACAAAUCAUUCCAUCGCGUCCUCUGUCUGUCUGUAUCUCUUCUCUCUCUUUCUUUCAGAAUUCAUUUCAGAGUCACUUCCAGACAGUGUGCGCGCGCCGCGCGACCAAAGUUGGCAUUUUUCUUGGGUUUCUGCCCCUUGCUUUUGCGUUCUAUCUGGAAAAUUUCACAGCGGAGUGGAUCUGGUGGUCGUGGUUAGCCUCGUCGCAUGGUCUUGGGCAGUGUGCUCUUCGAGGAAGAUGGCGGUGGAGAGCGGGGAGGAUUGCUGCGUGAAGGUGGCGGUGCACGUAAGACCUCUCAUCGGCGACGAGCGCCAGCAGGGGUGCAAGGACUGUGUCACCGUCGUCCCCGGGAAACCACAGGUGCAAAUUGGCACCCAUUCGUUUACUUUUGAUCAUGUAUAUGGGAGUACUGGUACUCCAUCGUCCGCCAUGUUUGAGGAGUGUGUUGCCCCACUUGUGGAUGGCUUAUUCCAAGGAUACAAUGCAACUGUUCUUGCAUAUGGUCAAACAGGGUCAGGAAAAACAUACACUAUGGGAACUGCAUGUAAGGAUGCUUCUCAAACAGGUCUUAUCCCUCAAGUUAUGAAUUCUUUAUUUAGAAAAAUUGAGACUUUGAAGAAUCAAGCAGAAUUUCAGCUGCAUGUCUCAUUCAUUGAGAUAUUGAAAGAAGAAGUGAGAGAUCUUCUAGAUAGUUCAUCUGUCAGCAAAGUUGAGGCUGUGAAUGGACAUACUGGGAAGUUGACAAUACCUGGAAAGCCCCCAGUGCAGAUACGGGAGGCAUCAAAUGGGGCAAUAACACUGGCUGGAUCAACUGAGACUUUUGUGAGCACUCAAAAGGAGAUGGCUGCAUGUCUAGAACAUGGUUCAUUGAAUCGAGCAACUGGAAGUACAAAUAUGAACAAUCAGUCAAGUCGUUCGCAUGCCAUCUUCACAAUCACAUUGGAGCAAAUGCGCAAAAUUGGUGCUAAUGUGACUACUGAAGGCGCCCACAUGGAGGACAUAGGUGAUGACUAUUUAUGUGCAAAACUGCACCUGGUAGAUCUUGCUGGAUCAGAACGUGCCAAGAGAACAGGCUCAGAUGGUCUUCGAUUCAAGGAAGGAGUUCACAUUAACAGGGGGCUGCUAGCCCUUGGAAAUGUCAUAAGUGCUCUUGGAGAUGAGAAGAAGCGUAAAGAGGGUGCCCAUGUUCCUUACCGUGAUAGCAAGCUUACUCGGCUUUUGCAGGAUUCACUUGGUGGAAAUAGCAGGACUGUAAUGAUCGCCUGUAUCAGUCCAGCUGAUGUUAAUGCAGAAGAAACACUCAACACAUUGAAAUAUGCUAACCGAGCUCGCAACAUUCAGAAUAAGCCCAUUGUCAAUAGGAAUCCAAUAUCAGAUGAGAUUCAGAGAAUGCGGCAACAUAUUGAAUAUCUGCAGGCAGAAUUAACCUGUUACCGUGGAGGAGGUGCAUCAGAUGAUAUUCAGGCUCUGAAAGAGAAAAUCUCUUGGCUGGAAGCUACUAACGAAGAUCUGUGUAGGGAACUUUACGAAUACCGUAGUCGAUUUUCUCAGGAUGAGCAAUUCGAUACAGAUUCUAAAAAAUCUGGAAGUUGUUUUCUUAAAGAAGAAGAUAAAAAGAGGAGCCUGCACAACACAGAAAGCUUUGAUUAUCAUAUGGCUGAGGCUUUGCGAGGUGAUUCAAAGGACAUAGAUGAAGAAGUAGCCAAAGAAUGGGAGCACACUAUAUUGCAAGACUCUAUGGGAAAGGAGUUGAAUGAAUUAAAUAGACGACUGGAACAGAAAGAGUCUGAGAUGAAAAUGUUUGGUGGACUUGACACAUUUUCUCUUAAGCAACACUUCAAGAAAAAACUGAUGGAGCUUGAAGAGGAGAAAAGAACAGUCCAGCAAGAGAGAGACAGAUUGUUGGCUGAAGUUGAAAACCUUGCUGCAGCCUCAGAUGGCCAAGGCCACAAGUUGCCAGAGAACCACUUGCAGAAACUGAAGGCCCUUGAAGCACAGAUAUUGGACCUCAAAAAGAAACAAGAGAACCAGGUUCAAUUGUUAAAGCAAAAACAGAGGAGUGAGGAAGCAGCGAAGAAGCUACAAGAAGAGAUACAAUUUAUUAAGUCACAGAAAGUCCAGUUGCAACACAAGAUAAAGCAAGAGGCAGAACAAUUUCGGCAGUGGAAGGCUUCUCGUGAGAAGGAACUACUUCAGCUAAAGAAGGAGGGAAGAAGAAAUGAGUACGAGCGACAUAAACUUCAAGCAUUGAAUCAGAGACAAAAAUUGGUUCUUCAUAGGAAAACGGAGGAGGCUGCAAUGGCUACCAAGAAGUUGAAAGAGCUGCUUGAAGCUCGAAAGUCAUCAGCACGUGAAAAUUCUGUUAUUGGAAAUGGUCAUUCACCAGGAGUUCCAUUCAAUGAAAAAUCUCUACAACGUUGGCUGGAUCAUGAACUUGAAGUUAUGGUGCAUGUGCAUGAAGUUCGGAAUGAAUAUGAGAAACAGAGUCAAGUACGUGCUGCCUUGGCUGAGGAGCUUACCUUCCUGAAACAAGAGGAGGCUUCAUCAUGUGGUGCCAGUCCACCGAGAGCAAAAAAUGGAAACUCAAGAAUGCCCUCUUUGUCUCCAAAUGCUCGAUUAUCAAGAAUAACAUCGCUGGAAAACAUGGUGAGCAUAUCAUCAAACACUCUUGUAGCCAUGGCUUCCCAACUUUCGGAGGCAGAGGAACGCGAACGGGCAUACACAGGGCAUGGAAGGUGGAAUCAGUUGCGCUCCAUGGGAGAAGCGAAGAGCUUGCUUCACUAUUUGUUUAAUGUUGCAGCAGAUGCAAGAUGCAAAUCGAGGGAGAAGGAAAUUGAUAUCAAGGAUCUGAAAGAGCAACUGAAUGAACUUGUUAGCCUUCUUAGACUCAGUGAAGCACGGAGAAAAGAAAUGGAGAAGCAACAGAAGAUGGGAGAGCAAGCUGUUGCAGUUCCAUUAGCGACAUCACCUUUGAUGAGCUCAAAUGGUUCCCUGAAGCACUCUGCUGAUGACACUAGUGCUCCACUUUCUCCAAUAGCAGUACCGGCGCAGAAACAACUAAAGUACACUGCUGGCAUCGUUAAUAGCCCAAGCAAAACGGCUGCGAGUUUUGACAAUCAACCACUGAAGAUGGUGCCAAUUGGGCACCUCUCGGUAGGAAAGAAACUGGCGAUAACUGGUCAUGGAGGAAAGCUUUGGAGAUGGAAAAGGAGCCAUCAUCAGUGGCUCCUACAGUUCAAGUGGAAAUGGCAGAAACCAUGGAAGUUGUCUCAAUGGAUUCAGCAUAGUGACAAAACAAUUAUGAGAGCUAGACCCCGAUCCCUCCCUCUCCAGAAGAUCUCUUGACAUAUAGCUUCAAACUGGUACCCAACAAUCCCAACCAGUCCCCGUGCGAGUAAUUUUAUAGCAUGAAGUGGUCAGAAAAUCUCCUUCAUAUGUAAUCAAGGCUCGACAAUCUCUUUUCUUAGAGGUUUUGAUUAAAAGAGAAGUCCAAUUUGUACAUGUUUAUAGCUUAUUUCUUCAUGUGUAAAUUGUAAGCAUAUAGGUAAGCAUAUUGACAAGGAAAUUACUAUCAGCCACACUCCCAUGUUCCUCUUCAAUAACAAGGCCCCAUAAUUGUCCCCCGAAUGUAAAGAUUUUCAUCAGUCUUUCCAAAAGCUCUGAAGCAUCUUGUAAAGCAUCAAAAAAAAUCUAUAAAAUGCUGGUAAUGAAGGGAGAUGAAGGGCAAAGCUUGGCAUUGGCUUGGUACACUUUCUUUUUGUAAUUGUUAUAUUUUUGCUUUGGUGUUGAGUUAUAUCUUGUAUGUAUUAAGCAUACCAAACCUUUCUGCCAUUGUUUGUGUGCAUUAGGGGUAAAUGUCCAACAAGUUUCAUUUCACGGAUUUAAAUCAAUGU